UCUUUCCAUUGCCCUUGCAGGGAGCCUGUGUUAAGAAACUUUCAGGAAAAGGAAAGCUUGAUGAUAGUAAAGCAACAAAACAGAUUGUUGCACUUCUAAGUGCUCCACUUGAUAAAUAUAAAGAUAUAGAUACUGCAUUGAAGCUCUCGAACUAUCCCCGAGUCAUGGAACACCUCGAUAAUGGAACAAAUAAAGAGAUGUCUAAUGUUAUUAUUCAAAGUAUAAUGAAAAACAGGACUUACAUUUCAACUGCCGAGAAGGUAGAGGCGCUCUUUGAAUUGAUUAAGGGGCUCAUUAAGGACAUAGAUGAAAAUCAUCAAGAUGAGCUUGAUGAGGAUGAUUUCAAAGAGGAGCAGAAUUCUGUUGCACGGCUUAUUCAACUGUUGUACACUGAUGAUACAGAAGAGAUGAUGAAAGUAAUAACAAUUUUUUGUUUUUCAAAUCAUUGUCCAUGCUCCAACUCGGUGAUUUUAGAGACUAUUGUCAUCUGUCUUUGCUAACGUUUGACUCGAUUAUAAAUUUUUGAUACUCGCAUUGGAUGGCUCUCUUAAACUCAUAUCUCAUUUAUAAUUAGAGGAAUAAGCCUGAGUAUGGUGUAAUUUUAGUCAUACUUGCAAUGAGUUACUAGAGAUUGAUGUCAUGGUGUACCUAAAAAUCUGAGCGUUUGCAGCACCUAUGAGGGCUAAGUGGAGAUGAUGUUACCCAAAGAAUUAAGCUUGGUAGGAUUAGGUGGUGAGUGGUUCUGUGGCCUGUUAUGGAUGAAUUGUACAGCAUUGCUGCAAGAACUGCAAUAUGGAGAUUGAAUGUUGGCUUGUCAAGAAAGAUCGUCACUAAUUGGUUGUGGUGGAGAGGAGAAUGCUAAUAUUGACAUGGUAAAAUAAGACGAGUCU